AUGCCUCGAAUUGAUACAUCUCUACAGUCUCAGAGUUCUCAAGAUGCACGAAAUGAGGUGACUAAGGAUGUCAAUGCUUCCAACUCAACCCACCUCAACACUACUUCACAUACCUACCCUCCUCAUCCUCACCCCACUCACACAGCCUCUCUUGGCAUUUCCGAACAUCCCUCCAAUCUAUCCGCUUCACACAAUCCUCCUCCACCCAUCCUCACUCACUCUCCCAUCCUCAAUGUCCAACCUGAAUUCGCGGAACUUCUCACCCCACUUCGACUCCGACGUAAACGUCGUCAUCGACCUCCUUCCCAUCAUCCUAAUCCAGAUCUUACCAAUAAUUUCAACAUAGAUGACUCACACACCAUCCAUCCACCUGGUCCUUCUAAACAAGGUUGGUACACCGAUACUGGAGAUUUAUACAGAGGAGCAACCUCUGAUCCAUUUUCAAACCCCACACUACCCCCAGCUCCCUACAUGACCGAUGACGACGCUAUCACAUUCGGUUCUUCUUCUUCUUCUUCUUCUUCCGCCUCAUGGGCUUCAGGAUUAGAAAGAGGACGUAAAGCCACCAUGGCAGUUAUUGGUAGAGUUGGAGAAGUUAUAGGUGUUAGACGUGCUUCUUCAACAGACUCUCAUGAUUCUAGAAAAAGAAAGAGAAUGUCAAUGUCAGUUUCUAGAAUGAUAACAAGAAGUACUAGUGCUUCUACUGAAGACGAAAAACCUAAAAGGGAAUAUAAAACUAGGAAAAGAGGUUUCGUUUUGUUGUUACCUCCUCCUCCAGGACAAGAAGAUAGGGGUUUGGGAUUCCCUGUUACAUCAGGAGAUGAGAAUCCCAGUGAGAUGGAUAACAAUGAGAAAGGAGGAUAUCCGCCAGAGAGGGUCAUCGUCUCUGUAUCUCUACAAGAGGUUAUGGGACGUAUUAGGACUUUGAGGGAGAAUUGGGAAUUCUCAAAGAUCCAGUCAGGGAUAUCGGUGGCCGAUACGGACUUGGCGGACAGAAGAGAGAGGGGAAGAGGAAGAGGAGCGAAUUCAGAAGAGACGAGAGGUAAAGGGAGUAAACCAAGACAUCAAUCUGAACAAGGUAGAGAUAUAAGGAAUGAUGAGAUGAGAGGAAGAGGGGAGAGAACAACACCAUUUAUAAAUCCUAUGAACCGAGGAGCUGGAUCAGGUAGAGGAAUGCCUCGAGUUCAAAUAUUGAAAGAAGAAAGUAUGAUCAGACCUAAGAGCGUUUCGGAUCUUAUGGGAUUACCAAGGUCCACUUCUGCUUCCACAUCAAGUCUGAGGUCUUUGAGGGAUGAACCGAAUAUAGGAUAUGCAGGGAAUUCAAGGAAACAUCGAUCUAAAGGAUGUUGGUGGUUAGACGUUUCUUGUCCUACAUGGCAAGAUCUUCGAGAUCUAGGUGAAUUAUUAUCUAUUCAUCCUCUCACUUUGGAAGAUGUAUUACAACAAGAUCCAAGGGAGAAACUUGAUACUUUUCAAAGAUUAGGAUAUUAUUUCGUUGUUGUCAGAGCGUUAGAUGAAGGUUAUUUCAAAUAUACACCAGGAGGAGGAAGUUCGACAAGUGUAGCGAGUUCUAAUACUAUGGUUAAUCCUCAAGAUCUUACUUCUCAACAAUUAACCGAGAAAGUCGAUUCGUCUCAUCCUAUUUCACAGCCCGAGGUGAAGGACGAGAAGGUCCCUUCAAUCCGGAUGAUGGCGAAUUCUGAACAAAAGACCGAGAGAAUAGAAGAUACAGAAGUUAAGAAAGAAGGUAGGAGAAGAGGUUGGGGUAUGGGAAGGAGUUUAAAGACUGGUAUUAAAACUAAUUCAUCUGGUGAAAAAGUAGAGAUCAUAGAGGAUAAUCCGGGGAAAGAAGGUUUAGAAGGUCUUGGUGUGGGUGGAUUAAACGUUUAUUUGGUCGUUUUUGCAGAUGGGAUCGUUAGUUUCCACAACGAUGACAUCUCCAAACAUACCAAACGAGUUCUAGACCGAGUCCUCUCCCUCGCCUCGGAAGAACAUGGUUCCGAUUGGAUAGCUCAUGGUUUACUCGAUUCGAUAGUAGACGCUUUCUUCCCUCUUGUGAGAUACGUAGAUGGAGAAGUUGACGAAAUUGAUUCUUUGACCAUUGAUCCUUCAACAGAUCCACGUAAUCUUCAUCGUAAUCUUCAUUUACCAGCAGAAUCAGAAACUACUUUGAUUCCUUCUUCCCCAACAUACGACGACAACUCACGGGAUUAUGGCAAUGAACAAAUGACAAAGGGGCAGGGAGAAACACAAUUUGGACUAAAAGUCAAAUUGGUUUUCACUUACUUACGUCUUUUCUUUCUUCCCACUUCAUCAGCCACAAGACCGAAACAUGAAAAAAUCGCUCAGGCCGUAUAUGACAGAAGUACGAUGUUGAGGAGGAUUAUGGAUACAAGGAGGUUGGUCACUGGAUUGAGUAGGUUAUUGGGGGCGAAACAUCAGGUGAUUGGUAAAUUGAGGAAAAGAGCUACGGAGAGUGGUGGAGGUGUUGAAGCGUAUAUUGGGGAUGUGGAGGACCACGUACUCUUGCUACAAACCUCUUUGAAUCACUACGAAGCCAUUUUAUCUCAUUGUCAACCUGCCUACUUAUCACAAUUACGUGUAUCUUUUGCCUUCGCUCGAGGAGGAACGGACCAAGCUAUCCUUGCUUUGUCCACGGUUUCAAUGUCCAUCCUACCGAUGAUGUUGGUAAUUGGCGCAUUCUCAAUGAACAUUCACGUACCUCGUAAUGGAAGUCUUGCUUCACCUCACCGAGAACCAGACGGCUCUAUUGCACCUUACAACGUAUUCGCCUGCGUCGUAGUUGCCAUCUUCCUCAUUGGUUGUGCGAUGGUG